AUGCCGCAGCGAAGAGGUGGGAAGUCUGGCCCACGCCCAAAGCGUACGCGGCACUCAGCGAGGAUUGGGGCCCUGGGGCAACUCGACACUACCCCAAAUCGUCACGAUCAGUCUCCUCGUGCUGUUCAGACUCAGGAUCCAACACCAGCAUUACCAAAUCAGGGCGCAAAUUCUGAGCCUCCAAACUCUGAGAUACCGUCUACAAACGAAUUUGACGAUGACCUCAACGAGGAUGAUCUGAGGCGGUUGGUUGAAGCUGAAGCCGUUCCAUCCGCUCAACCACCUGCUGAUUUCUCAUGGUCUGAAAUCGGUUCAACACGCCGAAGCACGCCUCUACGGGAAGACGAACCAAGCUUUUUAGAUAAUCAAGAUUCUCUUCUCGACGAGUUUUCCAGUCCAAAGUCCGGUCUAGGCAAGCUUCCCAACACUCAGCCACUGCCACCAGAGCCUGAUCAAGAAAGCAAAGAACCUCCUUUUGUUGACUUUUCUGAGACAGCUUCUACUAUACGACGAAGUUCACCUUAUUAUUCGUUGGCGGCCUCUCAGAUCGGAGAUGACGAGGCAUUGAACAUAGUGGAAAACAAUCCUUUGGCACCACUACCAAGUACCAUCCAAGAUUCGAUACAGUCUCUUGGAUUGCCACCUUUCCCUGAGUUAGAAGCUAUGGAUCACUUGCCGGAAGACGAGCUGUAUGAUGUCACGCCUCCCAAGUCGACCGCUGAGCUUGAAGCUGAGACGUCGCGAAAAGAGGAGGAAGUACCUGGAGCUGCCCCAGAAAGUUCACAGCGUACUAAGAAGCCAAGUUCGUCACAGAACUCAAAGACAAAAGGCGGACCGGGGAAGACCUCAAAAAAGCAUGAUGCCCUUACGAGACUGUUAAAGGAGGAGCUGGGUUCAUCAGGAGAAGACGAAGGGGAGGAGCAAGCUUCUUCACCUCCUGAAAAGCCACCAGUAAAGCCCCCAAAGCCGAAGAACGGCGCUCGCAAAGGGAAAGAGACACCAAAAAGGAAACCUGCCGCUAUGGAAACUCAGGAUAUUCGAGAAGAUGAGCAGCAACCCAAAGAAAAGAAAGGCCGGAAACAAAGAGCGAAGACCCCCAUCCAAUUUGACGAUGAGACACAGCAAAUAAAAGAGGUUGUACCACGCAAGGUACCAGAACAGCAGCCUCGCAUGCCUAUAGUGAGCAGUCUCAGAAAAUCGUAUGCUGCCUCUGUCUCUCCUAUUGCAGCUGCAGGAAAAGGGACGCCCGGCUCGAAACGAAAGCCUGCACCAAAGCGCAAACCGCCUGUUAAAGAUACUCCCAAGAAGGAGAAAGCUCCCCAGAAAGUUCCGCCAGCUACACGAAAGUCAGGUUUGAAGAACGUGGUGCCUCAAGAGAAACCUGAUACGACUGAAAAGAGGAAAGAACGUGCAGUCCCUGCUACAAAAGUAGCAGCUAAGCCUGCACCCGUGAUUACCAAGAGAAUAACGCGAGCCAACGUGAAAGAGGAGAGUGGACCAAUGUCACAUCCUUCAAAAGUCCAAGAGACUCAGGGAUCAACUCAGGACCCUAUCGUGCUCUCUAGCGACCCUGAAAGCUCUUUGUUCUCGGAUGAUAACGAUGCCUUCGUUCCAAUCGAAGACUUACACCCAGAAGAGAAGACCCAACCAGCAAGGAAAUCGCAAUCAGUAAUGGGAGAGUUGCUUGUUGACCCAAUUGUCGACGUCGAGCCAGAAGACCAUGCUCAUCGUGAGAAAGCGCAGCCCUCUACACGCCCGCACACCCUACCGCAGAAUCCCGGGGCUCCUCACCCUCCACGUCCCCAACAAGAACAAAUCUCUCGGCAGAAGACAACCAUGAAGGUUAAGCAUGACCCUAAGAAGCUGGUUGAAGAACCUCUCCCAAGCACGAAGGGACUCAGUACAGCUCAAAAGGGCCGGGAGGUUUUGUCGGCUCGCGACACUAACAUUCUCGUCCAACAAGAUACCUCACAAGCAAGGACCUUGAAGAGACCUGCCACGACAGUUGAUCCCAUCAUUGAUGCUUCUCACCCACCUCGCAAGAUCAGUAAAACUUCAAGGAGCUUCAGUGUCAGCCAAGCGGGUAGCCCGCUGCCACUUGAAACAAGCCCAGCGCAACUUGUUGGUGGAACGAGUCCAAGUGCUAUGGAAGAAGUUGAAUCUGCGAAAGAAUCCCCAUAUCCUGAUGGCAAUUACUUACAACAAGAGUACCUCUCUAGUCUGGCUGCUGUAGAGGCCAUUCAUGACAAGACCAGAAUGGGAUCGAGACCCAAACCGAACACGAAGGUCAAAACUGAGCCUGUCAUCCUACAACCCGAGCCAAGUUCAAGUGACCAAGGCAUUCAUGCUCAGAUACUGGCGUCCCUGCAGGGACAAAAGGAAGCGACUGCCGAAGUGGAACAGGCCAUGGAGCAUGACAAAGUCCGCGGCAAUAGAGAGUCUCCCAGACAGACACGACCGGCCGGGCCGAAUGCAGAGAUAGGGGAGAAACUCCAUGGGCUAGUCGAGAUGAUGCUGGACCAUCUCCAGGCCAAGGAAGCGACCAUCUACCAUGGCGCUGAUGCCUAUCGGAAGAAUGGCAUCAAUUGCGUGGAGAAGAUCGAACGACGCUACAUGCAGGAGAGGCAGGCGCUCAAUGAAACGUGGAAGAAGGAUAGUGAUAGGUUCCUCCGGGGGACGCGGGCAGCUAAGGCACAGAUUGAUGAGCGCGGAAAGAUACGAGAGAAGGCGAUGCAGCAACUGAAUGAAACGGCAUCAAGGCGCCGUCACUUAUUUGAACAAGCGACGACAAGUUUACGAGCACUUCAUGGACGAUUGAUGCAGGGAAAUGCUGCAGACUACAAAAAUUGA